UUUAGUUCAGACCAUGCAAAUAUGCUACACUACUUAUGACUUAAGGCACGAAUAUGACAGCAUUAACCCCCAAACUCAUGGCGAUGUUGUAGUACUCUCAGGCGAGUCGACACCCAGCCACCCAUACUGGUAUGCGAGGGUGUUGGGUAUUUAUCACAUGGAGGUAUGGCUCACUGGCAAUGGUGGGAGCAAGCCUUCGAAGCAGCGCCUUGAAGUUUUGUGGGUCCGAUGGCUGGCAGUGCUUCAGGGCCAUCGAUCUGGCACUAAGCAUGCCCGUCUUCCAAAGAUUGCUUUUGUGGAGGAGUCCGAUCCGGAUGCGUUUGGAUUCCUUGACCCAGGGCAAGUAAUAUGAGGAGCUCACCUGCUUCCCGCAUUUGCCUCUGGACGUGGCGUAAGCUCGCUUCGGCAAGGAGAAUCAUUGGCGCACCCUGGGGGACAGCUAGACGACUGGGAGGAGUACUAUGUUGGAAUGUAAGUGUAAAUAUUCAAGAGUUCAUAAAAAAACACCUAACUUCAAGCCAGAUUCAUCGAUUGAGACAUGUUCAUGCGAUAUACGCACCUGGGUGUCGGCCAUCCCAUCGCUUU